AUGAGUGCGAAGAGCAUGGCUAUAGCCUUGGCUGUGAUAUUCUGUGCUACGGUUAUUCAAGGCUUCCCAAUAUUCAAAGCGGGGCGUUGUCUUUGCAUAGGCCCUGGAGUAAAAGCUGUGAAAGUGGCAGAUAUUGAAAAAGCCUCCAUAAUCUACCAAAGUAACUACUGCGACAAAAUAGAAGUGAUUAUCACCCUGAAAGCAAAUAAAGGACAACGAUGCCUAAAUCCCAGAUCAAAGCAAGCAAGCCUUAUAAUCAAGCAAAUUGAAAGAAAGAAUUUUUUAAAAUACCAAAAAGUAUGA